CAAGCUUUAUUAAUCUAAGUUUUUGUUCAGUAAAAAGUAUAGAAGAUAGUAAAAUUAUUAAAGGGUUGUCAAUUUUCUUGUUAGAUACAUUGUUAUUCCAAUUUGAAACUGCUGUUUCUAGAUUUUAGUACAUACCUAUUUGUUGAAAAGUUACUGGCGUUUGAUAGGUUUCUGUUUAGUGUUUAGAAAGAACUUGUGAUGACCCCUCAUGUGUAUCACCAGAUUUUUAUCGGUGAGGUGCAUAUUUCACAGCACAUCCGGACCCAACUCUGGCCAAAUUUUGUAUGGCGGUCAGAACAGUACGGUGGUGUUUCUGCAGGUUCAGGAGUACAUAAAGGAGAAUGUGGUGGUCCCCGCGCCGGUGACGCCGCGCGUGCUGGCGGCGGCGCUGGCGGCGUCGCUGCUGGCGCUGGCGGGCGUGGCGCUCAUCGACCUGGCGCUGCCCGAGCCGCUGCAGCGCGGCGCGCCGCCCGAGCGCUUCAUCGCCGAGCUGGCGCACGAGCACCUCGUCAACCUCACGGCCAUCGGCCCCCGGGUGGCGGGCAGCUACGAGAACGAGGUGGCGGCCGUGCGCGUGCUGGUGGAGGCGCUCAAGGACAUCGCGCGCGCCGCGUCGCCGCACAACCACGUCGAGAUCGACUUGCAUCGCGCCAGUGGCGCCUUUUCGCUGUCAUUCUUUGAUGGCAUGAACAACGUGUACCGCGACGUGCAGAGCGUGGUGGCGCGCGUACGCGGCGCGGGAGGUGCGCCCGGCGCCGCGCUGCUGCUCAACUGCCACUUCGACACCGUGCCCGACAGCCCCGGCGCGAGCGACGACGGCGCGGGCUGCGCGGUGCUGCUGGAGACGCUGCGCGCGCUGGCCGCCGCGCCGCGCCCGCUGCGCCACUCCGCCGUGUUCCUGUUCAACGGCGCCGAGGAGAACAUCAUGCAGGCCUCGCACGCCUUCAUCACGCAGCACCGAUGGGCUAAAAGUGUGCGCGCGUUCAUCAACAUCGAGGCGUGCGGCGCGGGCGGGCGGGAGGUGCUGUUCCAGGCCGGCCCGCACGACCCCUGGAUCGUGGAGGUGUACGCGGGCGCGGUGCCGCACCCGUUCGCGUCGUCGCUGGCGCAGGAGCUGUUCGAGAGCGGGCUGAUCCCCGCGGACACGGAUUUCCGCAUUUUCCGCGAUUUCGGUCGCCUCUCUGGUGUGGACCUGGCGUGGAGCGCCAACGGGUACGUGUACCACACGCGCCUCGACACGGCCGAGCGCGUGCCGCGCGCCGCGCUGCAGCGCACCGGCGACAACGUGCUGGCGCUCGCGCACGGGCUGCUGGCCAGCGAGAGCCUGGAGUCGGAGGUGGACCGCAUGUCGCGCCAGCCGGUGUUCUUCGACGUGCUGGGCUGGGUGGUGGUAUCGGCGCGCGCGCCGCUGGCCCUGGCGCUGGCGGCCGGCGCGCUGGCGCUUCUGUUGCUGCGGCUGCAGCUGGCGGCCGGCGCGGCCCGCGCGCAGCUGUACGUGCGCGCGCGCGACUGGUGGGCGCUGGUGGCGCGGUGCUGCGGGCGCGCGCUGCUGGCGGCGGCGGGCGGCGCGGGCGCGGCGUGCGCGGUGGCGGCGGCGCUGCACGCGGCGGGCGCGCGCCUCAGCUGCUACUCGCGCGGCUGGCUGCUGGCGCCGCUCUACGCGCUGCCGGCGCUCGCCACCGCCGCGUACUUGGCGAAUCGCUCGGGCGAGUGCUUCGUUUUUCCUCGCGGGCGCGCGGCGUGGGAGCGCGGCUGGUGGGGCGCGCGCGCGGCGGGGGACGCGGGCGCGGCGCUGUGGGCGGCGCUGCUGCUGCUGUGCGCGCUGCUGCGGCUGCGCUCGGGCUUCGUGCCCUUCAUGUGGGUGCUGCUGCCCACGCUGGCGGACCUGGCCGCGACGCUGCUGCGCGCCGGCGGGCGGGCGCGCGCGUGCUGGUGGGCGGCGGGCGCGGCGCUGCCGCUGCUGCAGACGUGCUACCUGGCGCUGGGCUCGCUGGCCAUGUUCGUGCCCAUCAUGGGCCGCGCCGGCUCCUCGCCCGUGCCGCCCGACGUGGCGCUGGCGACGAUAGUGUCGACGCUCGUCCUGGCGGCGUGCAGCUGGAUGUAUCCCUUCGUGGUGGCGGCUAGAGGCGUCAAGAGAAUGGCGGCGGGCAUGUGGGCGGUGACGGCGCUGACGGCGGCGCUGGUGCUGCUGACGCCGCUGGGCGCGCCCUACAGCGCCGAGCGGCCGCAGCGCUUCAUGAUCUUCCACGUCACCAGGACCGAGCACGGCGCCGGCGGCCCGCGCACCGACCACCUGUACUGGAUGCCCGACCUCGACCCCAACACGCCCCACACGGUCGACGACGUCGUGCCGGAGAUGCGCGCGGCGCGGCCCACGCCGGCGGCGGACUGCGAGCGGCACCCGUACUGCGGCGCCGCCUACUGCCUGCCCGUGCUGGCGCUGGUGCCGCGCGCGCACUGGCUGCCCGCGCCCGCGCCGCCGCCCGACCGGCCCUACGCGCGCACCGAGCUGCACGCCACGCGCGCCCGCCUCGCGCCCGACCUCCACGAGCUGCGGCUCAACAUCACCGGGCCGAGCCACGUGGUGGUGAUCGUGUCGCCGGCGGCGGGCGGGCGCGUGGUGUGGAGCAGCGCGCUGGCGCCGCUGCGCGAGGCGGCGCCGUGGGGCGCGCGCCGCACGUACUUCCUGGCGCUGCACACGGCGCGCGCCCCGCGGGAGCGGCCCUGGAGCCUGGCGCUGCACGUGCGGCUGCCGGCGGCGGCGGGCGGCGGGCCGGUGGCGGCGCUGUCGGUGGCGGGGCACGACAUGGGCGGGGCGCGCGCGCCGGCGCACGAGGCGCUGCUGCGCGCGCUGCCCGCCGCGGCCGCGCCCACCGGCUGGCCCGUGCACCUGCACCUGCUGCAGCUGUAGCGAGCCGGCCGGGGCGGCGGCCGCGUCGGGAUCGAACUUGGCGCCCGGCGUUUUAAACUUGUGCCGUCGGCUUUUGAUGCGCGACAGGUCUCGCCGGUUCCUUCGAAAGUGUUACUCGGUUCAUUUUAUUUUAUGUUAGGCGUUUCGCUUCCGAUCGAUCGCCCACAAAAUCUCACCGAAGGGCAGGUGACCCGAAUAAUGAUUCGAUUGACUUUUUCCAACCGAGUUGUAUCUUUAAAACGGCUGAAUUCUGAAAAAGUUAUUGGUCUUGUUGGCCUUAAAAAAUAUAGUUUUGCAAUGUUUACCGAAGGGUAAUGUUUUCUUUUAAAUUCAGAGCCCUGACGUAUUACAAUUAAUAACGUCUAAUUAACUGACAUAUCAAAAAUAUAAUGACAAAAUGGAUACCGCGCUACCCUUGUUAUGAUAGCGUAAAAACUAACUAAAAUGUUCAUUCAUUCCUAAACACGCUAAUUCUUGUAAUAAAUAAUUUGACAAUAAAUCAUAUACCUAUUUAACUGCGUAAAGCGUGGUCUGAGUUUGGCGGCUAUCGCCAGUGCUCUGCAGUGGCAAACUAAUAAAAUAAAAUAUACACCAACUACCUCACAGAACUGGAUUACUGACACAAUAAUACUUAACAACAUUUUUCUACCACUUUUGAAAAGUUUUUUCAUAUUAAAAUAAAUAUUAUAAUUUAAUUUACCGCUCUUUAUUCAUAAAUCUAAUGUAUUGGCCAGUGCACGAGCGGGCGAGGGUCGCGUCAUUCUUUCGUUAUGGAUAAACAAAAAUAUAGACUUACAAACGUCACGAUAGUAGGUGUACAAUAAAAUCUUAUAAAAACAUUAUAUUUUGUUUAAGUUAAAGCUCGUAGAACAAUGUUGUUAUGAUUCCUGCGAGGUUGGGUGUUCUAAAAAUAAUCCUGUACUUAUGUAUGUAGGUAUAGUAUUAUUCUUUUAUCUCGAAAUCGAUGUAGGGAAACAAUAAUUCAGGGUAGUGUAAAACCGCUUAAUGGUCAUCACGUCUGUCUAAUUUCAACAAAAAAUAUUACUUUUAUGGCUUUUUACGCCAACUUGUCCUUAAAUAUCCCUAAAUGAUUAUGAUCUUUGCGUCUAGUUUAAUAUUCUCUUAUCUAUUAGAAAAUAAAAUGAUAAAUGUAACUAUGAUCACUCACAGAUAUUUUUGUAAAUGCAAUAAAUAGUUUUGAACGCAUAAACAUGAUCAUAAUCAAAACCUUCAACCAAAUUUUAUAUACCAACAUUGGAGCAAUAAAGAAUUUGAAUUUGAAAUUAUUCAGAACAGUUGACGGUUAAAAACAUUGCGCUUCACGUUUAAAAUAUUCUGACGUGCGGCCUCAAACGUAACCAAAGGUUUCUGCUUUGUGAUGUUUAUCGUUCAAUAUACCUCGAAUCCUAGAUCAUGCAAUAUGUUUAUAGUAGGUAGGUA